AUGAAAGAUCGAUUCUUCACCAGUGCUAAAAUAGCAGUAGUGUACGAACAAUGCGAAAACAGUACCGAAUUGUACGGCUUAAUCAAAAAAGGGUUCAAUGGCGACUUCAGUUUUAUUGUUAAUGCUCUAAACACUGUCCGAAAAUGUCACAAGAGAAAAAUUUUCUGGAACCCUGGUAAAGGUGGUAAAGAAAAACGUAACAUGGCUGAUAUCUAUGUUUCAAACGUAACAAAGUUGUACUUAAAAAUGCGCGCUGUAAACGCCAUAUCCUUCCAAGCUCAUCGUGAUAAAAUCAGCGUUUUGAUCAGUCAUAAUGGGACCGGAAAGAGCACCACUUUUUCAAUGUUGGCAAGGCCUAGAAUUCUGACAGCAGGAAUAUUAAAAUAUCCGUUUUGUCCCGAUCAUAACCCACUGUUCGAUUCAUUGACGGUUCGGGAACACUAUGAGCUCUUUAAUAUUCUACAGGGUUACCGUGACUUUAAUGUGGGUCAGCUUAUUCAAGACUUUGGUUUAACGGAUAAAGCUGAUGAAGUACUGUCUUUUAAUUUUAUUAUACAAUCAUCAAAGUUCAUACUAUUUUUUACGUUGAAAGUACUUGCCUACUGCAAAAGAAAGGCUUUGAGGUUUAUAAAAAAAUACAUUUUUGGUCAUCUAGAGAGCGUUGCUCCGAAAUUAAGUGGGGGUAUGAAACGCAAACUGUCUAUCGCAAUCGCUUUUGUUGGUAACCAUCACGUGAUGCUGUUAGAUGAACCUACUUUAGGUUUGACGUCAGCGUUAUACUUUUCAUCAUGGAUCUAUUGGAGCGAUAUAAGAUUGGCAGGUUCAGGUUUUGUUCCCGCCAUUGUUUUGGAACUUGCUUACACAAUUGCUCGAACAAUUUUGCUUGCAACGCAUUACAUGGUCGAAGCGGAUCGUUUGGGAGACCGAAUAUCCAUUCUAGUCAAUGUUCCGAAUUUUGAAAAAGUCGCUCUGAAACGGAUUACAUUCUAAAU